UAUGAAUAGUUUGUCAACUUGCGUAGAAUAAAAUUAAGCUAUAUUAAAAUAAUUGUUAAAAUGGUUGAGGACAUAAUAAAGAAGCUAGCUGGUAUUUUAUUUGGGCUUAUAUUGGCUGUAUUAUUUAGAGUAAUUAUACCCUUUACUCUGCGACUAAAAUACGCCAAAAUAACCAUUAAUUUAAUUAACUGUUUUAAUUUUCUGACAAGUACAGUUUCCAUGACUUUAUGCCUAUAUUUGGUCAGCAUAUAUUUAGCUAAUUUAAGUGAGGAUUGGCUUGUUCUUGGGUUUAUACCGCUGCAGAUAUUCGUCCUUCAUUGGAUGUACUUCGCAAUUUCAAAACAACUAGAAGCCAUAAACAUGAGCUACAGUACAUUCAUGGAUAGCUUAACACUUAAAUGGCUGGCUAACUCCAACUUCAACGAGACAGAUUGGACUUCACUUGAAAUUACGUUGGUAUGCUGUGGACUGGAGGGUCCCCGCUCUUAUAUGGAUUAUCUAAAAGGUGUUUCAACCCACUGCUGCAAUCCCGACCUUAUCACUCCAGGUUGCAAUCACUUAGUUAAAAACAUUUUUAAGCCGAUACAACAAAUAAGUAUAUUGUUGCUAGGCUUAACUAUUUUUGAGGAAAUGGUAAUUUUACUUAUUUUUACUACAAUGGUAUUUAAGAAAUUUAUUAGUUUGAUCUGUGAAAGGAAACAGAAAAGAAAUAUUUUACACCAUUUUGCGGUACUACUAAAUUUAAUUAAAAAUACAUAUUAAAAA